AUGCUUCUUCGUGCACUCUUCACCGCGGCGUCGUGCAUGAUUGCCGCGGUGAGUGGCGAGGUCGUCAGAUAUGAACGUCCUUCCAUCUACGCGAAAUCGGCACAUUUCGGCCUAAUGGUCAAUGGCACAGACAUGUACACGGUCAGCUACGCUCGCUAUGACUACGUGCAGCUGUCUAUGGACGAAGGCAUACCGACCGAAUUUCGCAUUCGAAAGCUCGACAACCAACCCAUCAAAUCCUACAGCAUCACGCCGCGGAGACUGCCAAUCGAGGCCAAGGUAGAGGGCGACACACUCGUUUUCUCCGUCAAAAAGGCACACUACCUGAUCGUGAAAAUCGACGAUAAGAAAGAAUUUGUGAUCGCUGCGGAUCCCACCGAGACAGACGUCCCUAAGCCGGAUGGUCCAGGCGUCUAUAAUGUCCUCAAAUAUGGCGCGGACAAGACUGGGAAGACUGUCACUGAUGGGAUCCAGAAGGCGAUAGACGAAGCCGCCAAGACCACGGGCAGCACGGUCUACGUGCCUGCUGGCCUAUAUACCAUCGGAAACCUUCUCCUACGCAGCCACACGUCGUUAUACCUUGCCGGCGGGUCGGUCUUGCGUUUCACUGGCAACCCAGCAGACUACAAGGCGCUCUUCACCAAGUCUGAUCUCAAUAUGAAGGGCACAUGGUGGAUUCAGACCGAAUUUGACUCGACCGACAUCAAGGUCUUCGGUCGCGGGACCAUCGACGGCAACGGCUACAACACUAGACAGAACAAGUUCUUGGCAGACCUCCUGGUCCCAGUCGGCACCAAAAAUUUCAACUGCGACGGCAUUCUGGUUCGAGACAGCUCUUUCUGGGCGGUCACGCCAAUCCAGUCCGAAGAGGUCACCUUCACUAAUCUGAAGAUCCUGAACCGCUUCGACGUCACACAGGACGACGGGUUCGACGCCGUCGAGUCCAGCAAGGUCAGAGUGAUCCGCGCCAUAGCCAUCUCCAAAGACGACAAUUUCUCCGCCAAGACGUGGCCAUACAAGACUGGCACCACCGUGCCGUACCCAUACCCGCCUAGGCCACUCAGCAACGUCUUCUUCGACGACUGCCUGGGGUGGUCGGACUGCUACGGCUACAAGAUCGGCCAGGGCGUGUGGCAGGAUCACGACACCGUCACGUUCCAGAACAGCGUCGUUUAUACCGCCGCAGUCGGCAUGGGUAUUGACCACAAGUUCGGCUCGGCGACAGCUGGCGGAAUCACUUUCCGGAAUAUGGACAUCGAGGGCCUGCAUGGUAACGCUCACGGCCAAGCCGCCUGGCUUACUGUCUUUGUAGAGAACACUGGCAAGGGGGUCGGGCCUGUGAAGGACAUCCGUGUGGAAAACGUCAGGGCGCGCACUGCUGGGUACAAGGGCGGCUGGAUCCAGGGCUACAAUUCCUCCUCGAUGGUGAGCGGGGUAACACUUCACAACAUCAUCAUGGGCAAGAAUACACAGCCUGCACGGACUUUGAAGGAUAUGAACAUCGUGCAGACGGAUUUCUCCGAGGGUAUCAAAGUCUCUUGGCCUUGA